AUGGCUCCCAAGACGCCGAAAUCCAGAAAUAGACUAUACGAAGACAGAGACAAGUCUCGGAAACACAGACGAAAGCAUGUUUCUCGGCAGUCGCAAUCAGGUAUUCCUCUAUCCGCCGAAGCGUUGGCAAAGCUUGACAAACUCAAUCGAAAGAGCACCAGAAGAAUACCUGAAGUAAAAAUAAAGAAAACGAGGAAUCAUGAACGAAUAAGAAACACCGAUGAAAAGAAAGAUCCCAACCUUGAUAAUCCUUAUUCGAAACGGAAAAGACGUCGGCGGCGAGUUGUGAGUGGAGCCUUACUAGAGGAAGGGCGGGAGCCAAAAUUAAGGGAGUACAGAAGCGGUAAAAGAGAUCAAGGGGACUCAAUUAGCAGGGGCCGCAGGAACAAAUCACGAUGGAUUUGGAUAGGUAUUGCUCUGAUCAUAUUCACCAUCAUCAUGAUGACUUUAGCUUUUAGCAAGAAGAAAAAAAAGAAUUCAAGUAUUGCAGCAAAAGUCCUUCCGGGCGACAGCGAAGAGCCAUCAAACUCCAAUCUGCAUUCAAUUUCCGAAUCUAGUAUACCAGAAGCAGCAAAAGGAACGUAUCUUGACCCGUUUUCUUGGUACGAUACGACUGACUUUAAUGUUACAUAUACGAAUGAAACUGUGGGUGGACUUCCUAUUAUGGGAUACAACUUAUCAUGGGAUGAUUCAAAAAGUGCAACUCCACACACACCUCCAAUUUCCAAACCAUGGGGCUCAUAUUCCGAGAGACCAGCUCGGGGAGUAAAUCUGGGUGGUUGGCUUUCUUUGGAGCCAUUCAUAACCCCAUCCCUGUUCAACAACGCUGGAAUAGUAGAUGAAUACACGUUAGUAAGCCAUCUUGGAAAUUCUGCCAAACGCACACUAGAAAAGCAUUAUGCUUCAUUUGUCAACGAGCAAACAUUUGCCGAUAUCGCGAAUGCAGGUCUAGAUCAUGUCAGAAUACCAUUUUCUUAUUGGGCCGUAGCUAUCUACGAUAAUGAUCCAUAUGUUUUCCGGGUUUCUUGGAGGUACUUGCUACGAGGCAUCGAAUGGGCUCGAAAAUAUGGUUUACGAAUAAAUUUAGACCUUCAUAGUCUACCCGGAAGCCAGAAUGGCUGGAACCACAGCGGGCGUCUGGGGCCUAUCGGUUGGCUCAACGGCACCCAUGGAAGUUUGAAUGCUCAACGCUCGCUCGAAAUACAUAAUCAGCUGUCUCAGUUUUUUGCCCAAGAUCGGUAUAAGAACAUCAUAUCAUUCUAUGGGCUCGUCAACGAGCCCAAAAUGACCGCGCAUGAUGUUAAGACAGUCGAAGAUUGGACGGACGAAGCAUUUACUCUGGUCCGCAAGAACGGAAUAAAAGCCCAUAUUGUGUUUGGUGAUGGGUUUAUGGGACUCCCAAACUGGAAAGGGAAGCUUCAAGGUCACGACGGGUUGGUCCUUGAUGUUCACCAAUAUGUUAUUUUCAAUAAAGAUCUUAUUGUAUUUAACCAUACCAAAAAAAUUGAAUACGCAUGCCAAGAUUGGUCAAAACAGGCCGAGGAAAGCAUGGACUUAUCCACCGGAUUUGGGCCGACAAUAUUUGCAGAAUGGUCACAGGCUGAUACAGAUUGUGCGCCGAACUUGAAUAAUGUCGGCUGGGGUACGCGCUGGACUGGCACCUAUAACUCAGGAGACCCAUCUACGACCGUUCUCAAGCCAGGAUGCCCGCUUAAGAAUUCACAGUGUGAUUGCAGUAGGGCCAAUGCCGACCCUCGAACAUACAGCAAUGCAUACAAGCAGUUUUUGCAGACCUUUGCGGAGGCUCAGAUGGCAAGUUUUGAGAAGGGAUGGGGAUGGUUUUACUGGACCUGGGAAACUGAAGCCGCGACACAAUGGAGCUACCGACUCGGUCUCCAAGCCGGAAUCCUGCCAGAAAAGGCGUACGCACCUCAAUUUACAUGUUCCAAAGCAAUUCCAAGCUUUGAUCAGCUCCCAGAAUACAUGUGA